AUGGCAAGAAGAAACAAUUCAUCUGAACAAGAAAUUUCAGAAAUUCUAACUGAUUCAAAUUCAGAUUCAGAUACUGAAAUCAGUAACUAUUUUGAUGAUUCAACAUCAGAUAUAGAUACUGAAAUCAGCAGCUAUUCUGAUGAUUCAACAUCAGGUUCUGAUGAAAAAGAACUACCAUUAAGAGAAAAUAAAAUGGAAUUUCUAAAUUGGAAACGUGGAAAAUUUAUUCCUAAAUCGUUAAAUUUCAAUAAUCAUACGGCAGGAAUAGCAAGUGAUUUAGACUUAGGAAACGAUCAGUGUGAUGAAUGUGAUGUGGGAUUGUGCAUAAUUGAUUGUUUUCGAGCUUCUCAUCCCCUAAAACACUUUUGA